AAAAGCUGCCUGGCCAGUUUCUCUGGAUUACUUACCUGGAAGGUGCAUCAGUUUCGGUCAGUGGAGGAAGCGGAAAAAAUACCGCGAGCGGAAAACAAAUACAAGCGGGUGUCAGUCUCCGCCACGAAACUAAUACCGCAGACAUACUAAUCGAAAUUUCUGGCGCUUCAUCUCUUAAUGAAAUAAACAUUACGCAGUGAGGAGACUCUGAAAACGUCUGAGCAGCUCCGAGGCAGGAGUGUGUGUGUUUUCUCCCCGCGAUUGGCCGUCCUGCGUGACAAGUCCUCCGAGCCAGCUCUCUACAGGUCUGCGUCUUAACAGAUCGCUUCGGUGGCGCGAGACUUGCGUGAUCGUGAUCUCCAUAAUCAUCUGGCAAUCAACUGGAGCUCGUUUUUCUCCCCGGAGCGCGUUUACGGUCCUCGCACGUCACUUUCCGCGGUUCGCCGCGUCGCUUUGCCCGCUUUCUCUUUCACUUGAAAGAUGAUGGGCUUUCUGCGCAGGACGUUCAGCCUCCGCUCACGGAGACGCUUUCGGCCGUCCGAUGAGCUCGACGGUGCCGGCCGAGGCGUAAACCCAGCGCUCCAGGCUCACCAGCAGCAUAUGCCCGCCGUGGUGACCGGAGGCACUGUGGUGCACAUCCCCGCCGCGGGCAACAGCAAAGCGGCCAUCACGUGCAGAGUUCUGCUGUUAGACGGCUCGGAUGUCAGCGUCGAGUUACCGAAAAAUGCAAAGGGACAGGACCUGUUUGAUCAAAUCAUGUAUCAUUUGGACCUCGUGGAGGCUGAUUAUUUUGGACUGCAGUUCAUGGACCCGGAGCAGGUUGCGCUCUGGCUGGAUCAUGGCAAACCCAUAAAAAAGCAGAUUAGAUACGGCCCACCAUACAGGCUGUUUUUCAGGGUGAAGUUCUACUCAUCAGAACCCAAUAACCUUCAUGAGGAGUUUACGAGGUACCUCUUUGUGCUGCAGCUCAGACAAGACAUUCUGUCUGGCAAAUUAAAGUGUCCAUAUGAUGUAUCUGUGGAUCUUGGGGCUUAUUGCCUACAGAGUGAGUUGGGAGAUUGCGACCCAUUAGAACACACUCCGCUGUUGGUGUCAGAGUUCCGGUUCUCUCCUAACCAGUCAGAGAUCAUGGAGGCGGACAUCUACCGCAAAUGGGCCGAGUGCAGGGGAAUGAGUCCGUCACAAGCUGAGCUGAACUUUCUAAAUAAGUGUAAGUGGCUGGAGAUGUAUGGAGUUGACAUGCACUUUGUAAAGGGUCGUGAUGGAGGAGACUAUGCCCUGGGGCUUACACCAACAGGAAUUCUGGUGUUUGAAAGGUCUAACAAAAUUGGCCUUUUCUUUUGGCCCAAAAUCACACGUCUGGACUUCAAGAAGAACAGGCUGACACUAAUGGUGGUGGAAGAUGAUGAACAGGGUCGUGAGCAGGAGCACACGUUUGUGUUUCAGCUCUCCAGCUCAGCAGCGUGUAAGCAGUUGUGGAAGUGUGCCGUCGAGAGCCAUGCUUUCUUCCGCCUCAGACAGCCGACCCAGAGCAAAACCAGUCGCAAUGACUUCACGCGCCUUGGCUCACGCUUCCGCUUCAGCGGAAGGACCGAGUAUCAAGCGACUCACUCGGGCAGGAUCAGAAGGGCGAGCACUUUCGAGAGACGUCCAAGCAAAAGAUAUCCAUCCAGAACCCAAUCACUUGGCAAAGCCAUUACUCCAGCAAAACAUCACCAUCCAAGUGCCCAGCCUAGUCCUGAUCCCACCUUAAAACCGUAUCAGCACAACAUUCCAAUUGGUCAGGAGCCAUGGUCCAGAACACACCCACCCAGUUUGACCCCACCCCUUUACAUCCAGCCCACAGAAAUGGUACACAAUCCACCGCCUCACAGUUUCCCACUGAGCAGUGCAGAUACCCAACGGUUCAGUGUGGAAGAGAAUGAGACUCUGCUUUCAGCAACACUUCACUACUGCUAUCGAUGGCAUGGAUAUGAGAAACAGGAAGUCCCAUGCCUCACUUUAACCAAGCCUAAGCCCUGGGAUGUUCCUGUAGCACACCCAGAAGAUAUUGACCGACCUUUACGGAGUCCGAAACAGUUACAGCCAGAUACGAUACCCUGGCCAACACUUCACAUCAACAUUGAUACAGCAGAAGAAAAGCUACUGUCAGAGAAAAGCCUUCCUUCUUCUCCAGCUGGCAUACAGGAUCAACGCAAAAGCAAUGUUCUCAGACAUGCGAUGCACAGUGAGAGUGCAAAUUCAAAGGGGAAUUGUUCCAGUGGAGACCAGGACAACAGGUGUGUAAUCCCCGGCUCCUCUCAGGAUUCAGCCUCCAGCAGUGUGACCACGGAAAGGCCACGAGUGGAACGCCGCAAACGCCUUGUUAGGCAGUUCAGCUUUAACCACAGUGAUGAAGAUGAUCUCCCAGACGCACUCGCAGCCAUAUCUUCUCAGAGCAACAUGCGAAGAUCUACAUCUAACAGCUCACUGGACAAACAGAUCCAGCCACCAAUCUACCCUCCGCAAAAAGUCUCACCACUGGAGCACAGCAACAAAUCUCCAUUCUAUUCAGGGUCAGUCAAUCAUCUCCUCCCUUUCAGUGCACACUCCAACCGGGUAGCACAAGUGCACACACACUCUUAAAAAAGAAAGACUCUUUAAUGCUUCUGUGAGUUCCUUCAAGGAUUCUCAUACACUUAAGGAUUCUAAGUUUUAACAGAGUGUACAAUCCAAACAUUUGGAUGUCUAGAUACUAAACCCAGCCCUUAUUUUCAUUUUAGUUAUCUGAUCCGACAUGAUUUUAUGAGAUGCUUAAUUCUUCUUUUGUGUUUUGUUUUUUGUGUGUUCAGCAACGAAGACCUGAGAAUGGAGAGAGAAAAGCUGCUGAGAGCGUUACUAAUGACAGAACUCUGAGAACACACACACACACACACACACACACACACACACUCAUACAUAUGCAUAAUCAGUUGCGCUGUAAGAAUUUUCUACGUUUAAGUGGUAUUAAGUCUAUUUUUAAUUGUAAAGCUUCUUCUUACAGCGCACACGUGCAAAUUUGUGCUUCGAAAAAUCUGUUUUAUAGGGUACUUUGUUUAGUCCUCCUGCUUGUUUAAUGCCAUGUUUAGAGCCUACUCCAUGUGAUUUAUUGUAAAUAAUGCACUGCACAUGCCUAAUGUACAUACACUGUAAAAAACAAAAAAAAAACAAAAAAAUCUUUCACACGGUCACGUUUCAAUCUAAGUUUUCUAACGUUUUGAGGAAACGCUUUGCACACACACUACAGUAUUACAAUUUAUAUUCCACCCUACAGUAUCUUAAUAUAAUAAACCACAGAAUUAUUGAAUGAAUCAGUUCUCGUGUUCUCAAAACUGUGUGGUCCUGGACA